UGCAUUACCCUUUACGCACCCUCUCUCCUUGUUAAUGUUGUCUCUCAUUUUUGCUUCUCUUUCAUAUUGAUCUCUAGCUAUUCUCUUUUUCUCUCUAUCAUCAUCUUUUACAUGUACGUUGAUCAUCUAUCUAUAUAUACACAUAUAUUCACUCCCUAGCCAGCUUUAUACAAUAAAUUUGUCCUAGCAAAAAUGCCUGAAGAUAUGGUGAAUCUAUCGAUCAAUGGUCAGUCUCAGGUUCCUCCAGGCUUUAGAUUUCACCCAACAGAAGAAGAGCUUCUUCACUACUACCUGAGGAAGAAAGUUGCUUAUGAGAGGAUAGACCUUGAUGUAAUUCGUGAGGUUGAUCUUAAUAAGCUUGAGCCAUGGGAUAUCCAAGAGAAGUGCAAAAUAGGAUCUACACCUCAGAAUGACUGGUAUUUCUUCAGUCACAAAGACAAGAAAUAUCCCACAGGGACAAGAACAAAUCGUGCUACGGCCGCCGGAUUCUGGAAAGCUACUGGCCGUGAUAAGAUCAUCUAUAGUGGGUUUAAAAGAAUUGGAUUGAGAAAGACUCUUGUAUUUUACAAAGGAAGAGCUCCACAUGGUCAGAAAUCCGAUUGGAUCAUGCAUGAGUAUAGGCUUGAUGACAGCACCCAUGAAACUAAUGUUUCAAAUCCUAUAGGAGAGGCAAUCCCAGAAGAAGGUUGGGUGGUUUGCCGGGUAUUUAGAAAGAAGAACUAUCAAAAAACCCUUGAGAGUCCCAAAGGCUCAUCAAGCUCAUUGGAUUCAAAGGCUCACCAGAUUCUUGGUUCAGGGAAUGAAGGAGUUCUUGAUCAGAUACUUAUGUACAUGGGAAGGACUUGCAAGAUGGAGAAUGAAACAUUUAGCAACAUGAAUAUCUCCAACAACAGCAACAGCAGUAGUUUAAGGUUUCUAUCGAACAACUGCAUCAGUGAAGGACUCCAUGAAAGAUUCAUGCACCUUCCUCGGCUAGAAAGCCCAACACUCCCUUCUAUUCCAAUCAGAAGUCCAUCUUUCGAUCAAGAUCGAAGUUUCAUUUCUUGUUAUCAUCAAUCAUACGAUGAGAUGCUGACAGAGAAUGAACCUUCCUCUCCAAACCAAGUUGGCAAUGGCAUCUUCGACAUGACCUCAUCCUCAAUGACUGAUCAUGACUCCAAAUCCGGGCAACUUAAUGAUUGGGUAACUCUUGAUCGUCUUGUGGCAUCACAGCUUAAUGGGCAUGAAGUAGAGACAUCCAAGCAAUUAUCUUGCUUUAGUACUGACCCAAAUGCGAGUUUUGGUCUUUCUCCUGAUGAUGGCAUGCAAUUAUCACACAAACAGCAUUCUCAUGGAUCAUCAUCAUCAAACAUUCAAGCAAACUCUUCCCAUGUUUACAGCAACGAGAAUGACCUGUGGAGCCUUACUAAAUCAUCAUCUCCAUCUUCAUCAUCCGACCCAUUAUGCCACUUGUCGGUAUAACAAAAGUGCUCGAUAUUUUAUACCCUAUUGAAUAAUAUAGAAACCCUGAAAAUCUAGGUAUGUAUACGUACGUUAUAGUCAGUCGUCUUUAUCUAUAUAUAAUGCAUGCAUGUAUUGCAUAAAUAAGUUUGGGUGAUAUAUAGGCCGGAUAUAUCUAUAUAUUUUGAGAUGGGAUGGCAUUGUCAGUUUACACAUGCACCAUUAUGUUAAUAUCUCAAA